AAUAGAGACUAGAGACUGGUUACAGAAUCCCGCUAUAAGUAUACCCAAUUGUUGGGGGGAAAUACAAUUGGCUGUUUGCAAAUAGGUGCAGUCAUCCUCUUCUAUAUUAUCGAUAUCGUCGCAUAUAAAUAACUAUUAUCGAAGAACUAUCGUUUUCUGCUCUUUUCUGAAAAGUUAAUAAAACAAGUUUAGAACGCGUUCAUAUAAGUGCAUAAAUCACGAGUUCUGAUUAAAUUACUCUAAAUGUAAUUAAAGAGUAUUGGAAUUGAUCCCAUUGCUGUAGGUAACAUGUCUUCAAAGUCUGUUUAUUGCAAGCUGUAUAAAGAUGAUCCAGAGGAUAUAAAAACCAGUAAUAAGCGGCGCAAUAGAUGGACGGAAGACAGCGAAAGGUUAUUCCUUCAGUUAUGGAGGAGCAACUUGGACGAGCUGCGUGCUUGCAAGAAAAACAGUCACAUUUUAAUGGAAAUAGUUGUGGAAAUGGAAUUGCAAGGUUUUAAAUACAGUUUAAUAGAAAUGAAGACAAAGAUGCACAAUAUGACUUCGAAGUACCGAAGGGAACGUAUUGAAGUCAGAACUACAGGAAUACCAUCGCUUUGGGAGCAUUAUGACGUAAUGAAUUCGUUAAUAACUGAGUAUGAAAAUGACCGGCGCAACUCCUUGGACAUUGACCAUUCUAACGCCAAAAAAAUAAAAUUUGAUCACGAAAAUCCACUUUUGAUGCCUGAGAAGAACCACAAUACACCCAGAGAUUCCAAAUCCUCCUGGAAUGAUAACAAUUUCGAUACUCUGAGUGAGAGCGAUAACAGUGUGGAAAAAAAUGUUGGCCAUAAUGUUGAGGACAUGGCGGAAUCGAAUAACUAUUCUAUAUCAGUGCGAGGAAACUUAAAGUCCACGAAAAAUUCAAUAUGUGAUAAUUACUGUUCAAAGGUACAAAACACAAACCGAUCCAUUGUGGUGGAAACAAACGGACAUGAUGAUAUGGAUUUAUUUUUUUUAAGUAUGUCGAAGACGGUUAGGAAGCUUCCACAUCACGUACAAGUGCAUCUUAAGAGGAAAAUUUGUAAUUUAGUUUUUGAAGCUGAAUUGAAAGACUUAAAGCCAAGUAAUGUCGAUGAUAAUGAUUUGUAGAUUACAUAUUCUGCGCAAUAUAUCAAAAAAGUUUAUGCGCAUAAAUGCAUAUAUUGAAAAUCCUAUAGAUAUGUACUACAUAUGUAUGUAUAUGUACAUAUGUCAAAUAUUCGAAAUAUCUCUAUUACAUUACAUUGAAUUGCAUUUCAUAAUAAAUUUAAGUCACAUUCAUCAAUUUGAAAUCCACUAAUUUUAUACUGAUAAUUUCAUUUGAAAUGUAUGUCUAAAAGUUUACGAUAAAAAUAUUGAUA